AUGGACGGUUACGGGGGCGUUAACGGUGACAGUCAGAGGGGCUUUGACGUGGGCAAUCAGAGGAGCUUUGACGUGUACAAUCAGAGGGGCUUUGAUGUGUACAAUCAGAGGGGCUUUGACGUGUACAAUCAGAGGGGAUUUGACGUGUACAAUCAGAGGAGCUUUGACGUGUACAUUCAGAGGGGCUUUGACGGGGACAAUCAGAGGGGCUUUGACGUGUACAUUCAGAGGGGCUUUGACGUGUACAUUCAGAGGGGCUUUGACGUGUACAAUCAGAGGGGCUUUGACGUGUACAAUCAGAGGGGCUUUGACGUGUACAAUCAGAGGGGCUUUGAUGUGUACAAUCAGAGGGGCUUUGACGUGUACAAUCAGAGGGGAUUUGACGUGUACAAUCAGAGGGGCUUUGACGUGUACAAUCAGAGGGGCUUUGACGUGGACAAUCAGAGGGGUUUUACCGUUUUAUCAGAGAAUCUUUGA